GUGACGGGAACGUAGCGGAAUUGGCGCCUGUUUCUCCAAAUAUAUCGAGUUCUUCUUCUUUCUGCGUAGGCGCAGGGCUUUCCCACCUUCCUUCCAAUUGAUUGUCACAUUCCUACCAUGCCUCCGGUACGGACCUCCCGCAUUCGCAAACCGCCUCCGGCAGGCUUCGACGACAUAGAGGAUACAUUACUCGAGUUCAGCAAUAAGAUGAAAGAUGCAGAGAAUGCAUCUCAUGACGGUAAAAAGAAACAUGAGAUGCUCUGGCCCAUAUUUCAGAUCAGCCAUCAGAGGUCAAGGUACAUAUACGACUUGUACUACGAGAAAGAGGCUAUUUCAAAGCAGCUCUACGAGUGGCUUCUGAAAAAUAACUACGCAGAUGCCAACCUCAUUGCUAAAUGGAAGAAGCAAGGCUAUGAAAAGUUAUGCUGCCUCCGCUGCAUCCAGACGAAGGAAACAAACUUCAACGCAACCUGCAUCUGCCGGGUACCCAAAGCACAGCUCAAGGAGGAUCAAACAAUCCAAUGUGUCAGUUGUGGAUGUCGAGGUUGCGCUAGCAGUGACUAGUAUAAUUGCGAAAAUGAACUUUUUGUCUUGUCAAUAUCUUUAGCGGAUUCGGGUUUUACUUGGGCAAUUGAGGGAAACAGUUUGCGGCUUCGACCUUACGGGUUUGGCGUUGGAUCAGGAAUUGAGAACUUGAUAUCUUUUCCUUCUACUAACUGUUUCCUCCGUCUCGUCAUUGCCCUUCGGGGAAAUCUUCCCUUUUUUAUUGCUCCAAGCAUAGACUACAUCGGCUUAUUGGGCCCUCCUCGCCUUAGAGGGCAGCGCAAUACUCAGAUGUACGUCGCCAAGUAUCCCUCUUUUGGCUUACGAACUUAUGCAUUACGGACCCGCACGCUUCCAAAAAAUAUUUGAGAAUCGAUGCAAAUUCGGCCCUCUUGCGGUGGAAGCUAACUAAUAUAUGAGCUCUGUAAUAGUCCAACGGCGACAAGCAGAAAGUACCAAUAUCAACAACGCAGGCAAAACAGCAGAUAUUCAGGUUC